AUGGACGUGGACCUGGACGUAGACGUGGACGUGGACGUGGACAUGGUCGUGGACGAUGACGUGGACAUGGUCGUGGACGUGGACGUGGACCUGGUCGUGGACGUUGACGUGAACGUGGACGUGGACGUGGACGUGGACGUGAACGUAGACAUGGACGUGGACGUGGACGUGGACGUGGACAUGGACGUGGACGUAGACGUGGACAUGGACGUGGACGUGGACAUGGUCGUGGACGUGGACGUGGAUGUGGACGUGGACUUGGACGUGGACGUGGAUGUGGACGUGGACGUGGACCUGGUCAUGGACGUGGACGUGGACGUGGACGUGGUUGUGGUCCUGGUCGUGGACGUCGACGUGGACGUGGACGUAGACGUGGUCGUGGACCUGGUCGUGGACGUGGACGUGGACGUGGACGUGGACAUGGACGUGGACGUGGUCGUGGACGUGGUCGUGGACGUGGUCGUGGUCGUGGACGUGGACGUGGACGUGGACGUGGACGUGGACAUGGACGUGGACAUGGACGUGGACGUGGACGUGGACGUGGUCGUGGACGUGGACGUGGACGUGGACGUGGACAUGGACGUGGACGAGGACGUGGACGUGGACGUGGACGUGGUCGGGGACGUGGACGUGGUCGUGGACGUGGACGUGGACGUGGACGUGAACCUGGACGUGGACGUGGACGCGGACGCGGACGUGGACGUGGACGUGGACGCGGACGUGGACGUGGACGUGGACGCGGACGUGGACGUGGACGGGGACGCGGACGUGGACGCGGACGUGGACGUGGACGCGGACGCGGACGUGGACGUGGACGUGGACAUGGACGUGGACAUGGUCGUGGACGUGGUCGUGGUCGUGGACGUGGACGUGGACGUGGACGUGGACGUGGACGUGGACGUGGUCUUGGACAUGGACUUGGACGUGGACGUGGACGUGGACAUGGACGUGGACGCGGACGUGGUCGUGGACGUGGACGUGGACGUGGACGCGGACGUGGACGUGGACGUGGACGCGGACGUGGACGUGGACGUGGACGUCGACGUCGACGUGGACGUGGACGUGGACGUGGACGUCGACGUGGUCGCGGACGUGGACGUCGACGUGGUCGCGGACGCGGACGUCGACGUGGACGCGGACGUGGACGUCGACGUGGACGCGGACGUGGACGUCGACGUGGACGUGGACGUGGACGUGGUCGUGGACGUGGACGUGGACGUGGACAUGGACGUUGACGUGGACAUGGACGUGGACGUGGACGUGGACGUGGACAUGGACGUGGACGUGGACGUGGACGUGGAUCUGGACGUGGACGUGGUCGUGGACGUGGACGUGGACAUGGACGUGGUCGUGGACGUGGACGUGGAUCUGGACGUGGACGUGGUCGUGGACGUGGACGUGGACGUGGACGUGGUCGUGGACGUGGACGUGGAGGACUAG